AGUUCAACGCAAGUUGCAGCCGCUAACAGACGUAUUUAGAGCGCGUGCGUGCCAGCAGCACAAAGAGUAUAAAUCUUGUACUUGGUUCUUUUUUUUCCCGUUUGUUGCUUUUGGCCAUUGCCAGUGGAACACGCGCAGGGUUCUAGCUAAAUAUAAAACAAGAUAUUUUAUCGAACUACUGAUAAAACGUCGUUGUAAAAAUACAAGAAUUUUCGAUACAAGAUCUAGUGCAAAAACAAAUAAAACUCGUUUCGUUUAGUUCGCAAGUGCGGCCCAUUAAAAACGUAAAUAUAUAAAAUAAAAAGUGUAAAAAUAAAAGCAAACUUUAAAGCAAAAAAUCUGCAAGGGCUAAGUGCAAGUGCAAAAGUUGUUAUUGUUGUUGUCGAUCUUGUUUGUUGUGCUCGAAAGACAGACAGCAAGAGAGUGGGCGAGAGAGAGAGAGUAAGAGAGCUGUAAGUGCACUUGACAGUUGGUGCUGCAGUUGACAGUAGCUGACAACAUUCCAGCUAGAAAGAGUCUCUAACGAGAGGGAGCGAGAGAGGGAGAGAGAACAAUUACAAUUAUGACAGCUGAAACACUUAAACCGUUUAUAACACCAACGAGUGCCGUUAAUACUUUUCCGGCCAAGCAAUCAAACGGAACGCACUCGACAAGGAAGCAUAUACCAAUUGUCUUAGGCAUUGUCGCACUCGUUCUCAUCGCUCUUAUCUUUACUUAUACGAUCUGGCAAACGAAACGCGUGCAACAGCUUGAAGAUGAUCUGGGCGCUUUGAGGCGGGAUGUGAGUAGCUUGCGGCAAAGACUGGGCAUUGAUGUUGUGGAGGAGUAUAUGGAAUUCGAAAAGGAGCACGGCGAACUCGAGAACUACGGCUCCUACGAUGACAAUGUUGAUGAUGAUGAUGCUGGGGUGGAGGAUGGUGCGGACAGAUCGAACAGUUACGAGGACGAGGAUGAUGAGGACUUGGGCAACGAGCAAACGGACAUGGAGGAGUACUUGGAUAUGAUUAAUCAGGAAAAGAGUGCGACUCAAGCCCUCUCACCGGACAACAGCAGCGAUAAGUCGGACACAGCGGCAUCCACCGCCACCUCCAGCUCCAGCUCAUCGGCAUCCAAUGAUGAUAAUGUGUUUGAGGACUUCACUAGCUAUAACGAUUCCAAAAAGAAGAGGGAACGAAAAACUCGCUCCAUUGCCGAGAUGCGCAAUGAGCUGCCGAGCAACGAAUUAGCAGAAAUUGCGAAGAACCAAAGCCGAAGUGCUGAGCAGACAAAGGAAAGCACUGUUACUCCCAAUAGCAACACUAAGCAGCAUCUGCACAAACAGCGACCACGCACACGUGAGGGCCGUCAACGACUUUUAGUACGCAAAGGCGAAUCUCCUGUUUCAGCGAAAUCCGCAGAUUUCCCUGCCGCAAGCCGAGCAGCUGCACAUUUCCACUUGAAUCGCAAAGUGCCGCAACACGAGUCCCCCAUUCAGGUGCACUCUUAUCACGGUGAUAUGUAUAUGGGGCAUCCCACGGCCAGCAGCGACAAUCAGUGGCAGCAGCACUUCAGUGUUCACAAUGGCAUCCUGACAGUCCAUCAGGCGGGUCUCUACUACGUCUAUGCCCAGAUUUGCUACAAUAAUACGCACGAUCAGAAUGGCUUUAUUAUCUUCCAUGAAAAUAAGGCAUUCUUGCAAUGCCUCAAUACGGUGCCCACGAACAUGCCCAAGGUGCACACCUGCCACACAGGUGGGCUAAUUCAGUUGCAGCAGCACGAGUCAAUACAUGUGCGCGACAUCCAUCGGGAUCGGAAUGUAAUGCUCCGGGAUAGCAACAAUCGCAGCUUCUUCGGCAUCAUUAAGCUCUAAGCGAAUAUUCUCUGCACCGAACUUAAGCUUUAGUAGUUGCGACUACUCAGUUAUACGAAUACGUAUAUACAGCUGAGUAGAUGAACUAGCCUAGAAUUUAUUUACACUAAACAUAUAUCGCUCUAUAUACACACACACACAUUUAUAUAAACAUAUAUAUAAAUAUAUAUUUAUAUACCUAUCUAUUCAUAAACUUAACAUGCAUAUAAUAUCAUAUUUAUUUUGUAUAUACAUCUAUAUAUUUCUAAUUGAUACAGAAAUGAAAUUGCCAUAAUAAAAAGAGUUUAAUAAAAUUAUA